AUGUCUGUCGUUGAAGCCACCGGCGUGUCGGUUACUUCCGUGUCCAAAGAGACCUCCGUGUCUUCUCCCUCGUCCAACCUCACCACCGUGGACACCUACGGAAGGGAGUUCAAGGUGCCAGACUACACCAUCAAGGACAUCCUUUCCUCGAUCCCCAAGCACUGUUACGAGAGAUCGUUGGUCAGAUCGCUCGGCUAUGUUGCUCGUGACAUCGUCCUGAUGGUUGCCAUCGGGUACGUGGGCCAGAAGUACAUCCCCAUGGUCGAUUUUGCCGGGCACGAAGACGCCUCCACUGUGGCCAGAGGGUUGUUGUGGAUGGGCUACUCGUACGCCUUGGGAUUGUUCGGGUUCGGAUUGUGGAUCUUGGCCCACGAGUGUGGUCAUGGUGCGUUCUCCGACUACCAGAACAUCAACGACUUCGUUGGCUGGGUGUUGCACUCGUACUUGAUUGUGCCCUACUUCUCGUGGAAGUUCUCGCACGCGAAGCACCACAAGGCCACAGGCCACAUGACCAAGGACAUGGUGUUCGUUCCCUACACUAAGGAGGAGUACGUCGAGGCCAGAGGCGUGUCCAAGAUCUCUGAGGUCAUGGAGGAGUCGCCCAUCUGGAGUUUCCUGGUGUUGCUCUUCCAGCAGUUGGGUGGUUUGCAGUUGUACUUGGCUACCAACGCCACUGGUCAGCCUUACAGUGGUUACUCUAGAAUUGCCAAGUCCCAUUACGCGCCAAAGUCCCCUGUUUUUGACAAGCACCACUUCUGGUACAUCAUCUUGAGUGACAUUGGUAUUGGUUUGACCUUCACCAUGGUGUACCAAUGGUACAAGAACUUCGGCUUUUUCAACAUGUUUGUCAACUGGUUCAUGCCUUGGUGCUGGGUCAACCACUGGUUGGUGUUCGUUACCUUCUUGCAACACACCGACCCAAGCAUGCCCCACUACAAGCCUAACGAAUGGACAUUUGCCAGAGGUGCUGCUGCCACUAUCGACCGAAACUUUGGCUUCAUUGGCCAGCACAUUUUCCACGAUAUCAUCGAGACCCACGUCUUGCACCAUUACGUCUCCAGAAUUCCCUUCUACAACGCAAGAGAGGCCACCGAUGCCAUUAGAAAGGUCAUGGGCGAUCACUACAGAUACGAGGGUGAGAGCAUGUGGUACUCGUUGUGGAAGUGCAUGAGAAUGUGUCAGUUCGUUGACGACGACAAGGACGACGCCAAGGGCGUCAUGAUGUUCAGAAACGUCAAUGGACUUGGUCCUGUCAAGCCUAGAGAUUAG